AUGUCUGCUUGUGAUGACACAUCUUCUGAGCUGCAAAGGGUCAUAUCUCAGGACAAUGAGGAGAUUGUCUCUCUUGCAUCUUUUAGAGGAAGAGGGGCUCUAUCCAGGAUUGUGCGAUUAGUGGUAGUUCUGCGAGAAUGGGCCCACAAGAGCUUGCACAAUCAGGAUCAAAGACCUGACUCAUUUCUAGAUCGAUUCAGAGGACCAGAGCUACAAGCUACAGAAGGUCAAUCUGCUAAAGGUAAAGGGGAUAGGGAGGGAGAGGGUAGAUCGACAAAGAAGAUCUGUGAGCUGUUUGUAGUCGAUCCUUCAGGAAAAUUGUAUUAUCGUUGGCUUCUGGUUAUAACAUUGCCGGUGCUCUAUAACUGGUUCUUACUGGUAGUCAGAGCAUGUUUUAAUGAUCUGCAGGCAAGUUACACUACAGUGUGGCUCAUACUGGAUUACAUUUGUGACAUCAUAUACAUUGCGGACAUCAUAAUUCGGCUUCGUACAGGCUUUCUAGAGCAGGGUUUACUUGUUAGAGACCCAAGAUUGCUCAGUGACCGCUAUAUUCAGACUUUGCAAUUCAAGCUGGAUGUUCUUUCCAUCCUUCCUACUGACCUUGGCUAUCUGGCAUUUGGUAUCCAUUGUCCAGAGCUUCGUUUCAACCGACUUCUUCAUUUUCCACGCAUGUUUGAGUGCUUUGAUCAGACAGAGACACGGACAAGUUACCCUAAUAUCUUCCGCAUCUUCAACCUAGUACUCUACGUUCUGCUCAUUAUUCACUGGAAUGCUUGCAUCUACUAUGCAAUUUCUAAAGCUAUAGGCUUUGGAGAGGAUUCCUGGGUAUACCCCAAUGUUACUGAUCCUAUCUAUGGCUACCUCACCCGAGAGUAUGUUUAUUGCCUGUACUGGUCUACAUUAACCCUUACUACCAUUGGCGAAACCCCACCACCUGUUACAGAUACAGAGUACCUUUUUGUCAUCUUUGAUUUUUUAGUAGGUGUCCUGAUCUUUGCUACCAUUGUGGGGAAUGUUGGUUCCAUGAUCUCCAACAUGAAUGCCACAAGGGCAGAGUUCCAAGCCAAAAUAGAUGCCAUCAAACAUUAUAUGCAAUUUCGGAGGGUAAGCAAAGAGUUGGAAGCUAAGGUCAUACGCUGGUUUGACUACUUGUGGACCAAUAAGAAAACGGUGGAUGAAAAGGAGGUGUUAAAGAACCUUCCAGACAAAUUAAGAGCUGAAAUUGCAAUAAAUGUCCACCUGGAAACUCUCAAAAAGGUCCGUAUUUUCCAGAACUGUGAGGCGGGUCUCUUAGUGGAAUUAGUUCUGAAGCUAAGACCACAAGUCUUUAGCCCUGGAGAUUACAUUUGUCGAAAAGGUGACAUAGGUAGGGAAAUGUACAUCAUUAAAGAAGGAAGACUAGCUGUUGUAGGAGAGGAUGGAGUAACUCAAUAUGCAAUAUUGACAUCAGGGAGUUGCUUUGGUGAGAUUAGUAUCCUUAAUAUUGAAGGGAGUAAAAUGGGCAACCGAAGAACAGCCAACAUUCGUAGCAUUGGAUACUCUGACCUCUUCUGUUUGUCUAAGGGUGAUUUGAUGGAGGCUUUGGUGGAGUACCCUGAUGCUAAGAAUAUUCUUGAAGAAAGAGGAAGGGAAAUAUUAAUAAAAGAGGGCCUUCUUGAUGAAAGCAAAGAAAAUAAUUCAAUGAAAGGCAAGACUACAGAAGAGAAACUGGAAGUCUUUGAGUCCAACCUGGAUUUGCUACACACUCGUUUUGCUCGUUUACUCCGUGAGUAUAGCAUUGCCCAACAGAGCCUUAAACAAAGAGUUACCCUGAUGGAAGGGAGAUUAAGGGAGCUCCAUGGAGGUGGAUUCUUAUCUGAUGAUGUGGAUAGUGUAGAGGACAUAUGACCCAAUGGCAGAGGGAAAAAACAAUGUCUUCAUAGAAUAUAGCGAUUAUUAUUUUAUGGAAGCCACUUAUUUUAAAUAUUAAUUCCUCUGGAAUAUUUCAACUCUGUGUACACAAACACACAAUGUGAGUGAACACAAUUGAUCAUUUAAUUUAUUAAAGGUAAAAAGUUAAUCAUAACCUAUAUCACUCACGGAAAC